AUGCCAGCCCUUAGACUCACUCAGCUUGGAAGCCAAACUAGCGACGCCUACUUGGAUGGUCUCUCUAUCGCGCAUGCCAGUCAGCCCAGGCGCGAACGUGCCAAGGGUGGGCAGCUGCAGGUGGUCCAAAGCUACCGUGGUGCAGAAGAUGCCUACAGGUGGAAGAAGGCCGCCUCCGGCACCUUGGCCGUGACGGCUGCGGAUACCAUUACCAGCUGGUCCUUGGAGGCAUUCGCGGUGACUUCUUCGGGCAUCUCUGCCACGCGUGCAGAGACGUCCUUGAGAGUCUUCAAACCUUUCUUCGUGGAGAUGCGCUUGCCAUAUGCCGCAGUGCGAGGAGAAGAAUUGGAACUCAUCGUGGCAGUUUUCAACUACGCUGGGGCUGGCACGCUUGAUGCUCAGUUGGAGGUGACGCUUCCAGCAGAGUUGGAAUUGGUGGACGGCAGCGCGACAACGCAGCUCUCGGUUCCUGAGAAUCAAGCCACGCGGGCCUUUCUGCGAGUACGUCCCAAGGCCUUGGGCAGUUGGCAGAUUUUGUGCAGCGCCAGUGCGGCCGCGUUCAGCGAUGCCAUGCGGAAGAGCUUGUUGGUGAAAGCCGAGGGCAUUCCUGUUAGCAUCACUGAGACGAUUCUGGUGGAUUUGACAGGCACUGCCAAUUCCUUUGAAGCGACCAAGACCUUGACCCUCCCAAGCAAUGCUGUGGAUGGUUCCGCUGCUCUUAGCGUAACAGUGGUGGGUGAUUUGUUAGGCCCCAGCAUUCGCGGCCUGGACCGAUUGCUUCAAAUCCCCACAGGCUGUGGUGAGCAGAACAUGAUCACUUUGGCACCCAACGUCUACGUGGCAAAGUACUUGUUGGCCACCAGCAAGAUGACGCCCGAUUUGCGCGAACGUGUGGUGAAUAACAUGGUGGUGGGUUAUGGCCGCGAAUUGACGUACCGCCAUGAUGACGGUUCCUUCAGCGCCUUUGGGAAAAGCGAUGACUCUGGAUCUACCUGGCUGACGGCGUUUGUUUUGCGAGUCUUUGUGGAGGUUCAGGAGACGGCGUUAGUGGCUGUGGAUUCAGGCAUUCUGAAGUCGGCGACAGAGUUCCUGAUCAGUACCCAGAAAGCGGAUGGCUCCUUUCGACGAGUAGGUCAGGUCAUUCACCAGGAGAUGUUGGGCGGUGCCAGCGGUUCAGAUCUGGCACUCAGCGCCUAUGUGACGUCAGCCUUGGCGAAGGCGCAGUCCUCGCUUUCCCUCAGCACUUUGGCACCAGCGCUGGCGAAGGCCAAAACGUAUCUGGAAGCGCAGAGCUCCAGCGAUACCUAUGUGGCCUUACUUCGUGCUCAUGCCCUGGUUCUGGCAGGACUUUGGGAUAAGGAUCAAGUGGCAACUGAGGUGCUGUCCAAAUCCUCCACCACUGGCCUUUACCGUUAUUGGUCGCACUCAUCCAAUGCAGGUGACUGGAAGGCCUUGGAUAUCGAGAUGACAGGCUACGGCCUACUGGCGCUGACCCUCGCAGAUCGAUUGGGUGAAGCCUUUCAGGCGGUACGGUGGCUUUUGGAGAGGCGCACAGCCGCAGGAGGCUUCAGCUCCACACAGGACACGGUGGUGGCACUCAACGCCCUGGCGACGUAUGCCAUCAGCGCGGGGCAGAGCGUGGAUGUGGCGCUGGAGGUGAAAGACGGCCAGAAUUUCCAAGAAUCUCUGCAAGUCACAGCGCAGAACAUGGACGUGCUGCAAAGCCUCUCUCCCCCGGUGACAAGUGGCGCGAUGCCACUGACGGUGACCGGCAGCGGCAGUGGCAUGGCGCUGGUCAUGGCCAAUCUGGAGUACAACAUGCCCGAUUGGGAGUUGCCGCCUUGCUACACUGUUGAGGUGCAGUGGUUUGGAACAGGUGAUGCAGAUGCAGUGCAAGCCUGUGGCACCCCAACCGCCAAUUGUGGUACACCGAAUUCCAUGGCCAUCAUCAGCGUGGGUCUCUUCACUGGAUAUGCGCCUUCCAUGAGUUCGUUGCAGGCCUUGAAAGAUGCCAAAGUGGUGAAGCGCUUUGAGGUGAACGAUGGACGUGUGGAUUUCUAUUUGGAGGAGCUGCAAGGUGCAGCGAGCACUUGCGUGCAGUUCAAGGUGACCAAAGAGUACCAAGUGUGGAACGUGCAACCAGCUGCCUCCAAGGUUUACGAGUACUACGAACCUCAGUCGCAAGGUCAAACUCUUGCCGCCUUUACGAUGCAGGAGAUGAGUGCAGACCUCUCGAACCUCGUGGGUUUGCGAGACGAUGAUACCACCUUAGAGCCUACGACGGCUGCGUCAGCAAAGGAAAGAGCCUUGGCUUUUGCGGUGAUUGCCAUCAUGCUGUUGGUCUCCCUGUGA